CUCCUCCUCCUUCCUCCUCUCUCUCACGUUCUCUUUUUUUGUUUUCCAUUUAACUCGCCGGAGAAAAAAAAACACAUCACGCCGGCGAGAGAUACUUCCCGGAGAAAUAACUCAUCAAGAAGAGAGAAACUCAAAAGCUACUAAGAUGGAGUCAGAAUUCCAGCAGCAGCACUUCCUGAUCCACCACCAGCAACACGAUCACCAACACCAAAGACCAAGAAACUCAGGAUUGAUUCGUUACCAAUCAGCACCGAGUUCUUAUUUCUCCAGCUUCGGCGAAUCGAUCGAAGAGUUCUUAGAUCGACCCACGAGUCCCGAGACUGAGCGAAUCUUAUCUGGCUUUUUACAAACCACCGACACUAGCAACAACGUCGACAGCUUUCUUCACCAUGCUUUUAACAGCGACGGAACUGAGAAGAAACCUCCUCCUGAGGUUAAAACAGAGAAGGAGGAGGAGGAAGAGACUGAGAUUCCGGUGACGGCGAUGGAGGUUGAGAUUCCGGUGGGUUCUGAUUCGAUUGGGUACGCUUCGGUUUCGAGGAAUUUGAGUCAGAAUAAGAAGAGACCUAGAGAUGAUCGGACUCCUCCUCCGGCGAGUAAUCUAGCUCGUCAUAAUAGUUCGCCGGCCGGAUUGUUUUCAUCCAUUGACGUUGAAACAGCGUAUGCGGCUGUAAUGAAAAGUAUGGGAGGUUUUGGUGGGGGUAAUGUGAUGAAUACAAGCAAUACUACUGAUGCUUCGUCUCUUACUCCUAGAAGCAAGCUUCUUCCUCCGGUUUCUAGAGCGAUGAGUCCCAUCUCUGAGGUUGAUGUUAAGCCUGCUUUUUCGUCUAGAUUGCCGCCUCGGACACUUUCUGGUGGGUUUAAUCGUUCGUUUGGGAAUGAAGGGUCUGCUUCCUCUAAGCUUUCGGCCAUUGCGAGGACCCAAUCUGGAGGUCUAGAUCAAUACAAAACCAAGGAUGAAGAUUCAGCUAGUAGACGUCCUCCUUUGGCGCAUCACAUGAGUCUGCCCAAGUCUUUAUCAGAUAUUGAACAGCUACUCUCAGAUUCUAUCCCGUGUAAGAUCAGAGCCAAGCGUGGUUGCGCCACUCAUCCUCGGAGCAUUGCCGAGAGGGUGAGAAGAACCAAGAUCAGUGAAAGAAUGAGGAAGCUGCAAGACCUUGUUCCCAACAUGGACACGCAAACAAACACAGCAGACAUGCUGGAUCUUGCGGUUCAGUACAUCAAGGACCUGCAAGAUCAAGUGAAGGCGCUCGAAGAGAAUCGGGCAAGAUGUAGAUGCUCUAGUGCAUGAAACUAAAAUUCCUCAGUGUGCGCGAGUGCUAGCCAUGGAGGGAUAUGUGCAUAGAAGUAUCGGUUCGGCCUUUGGAGAAAAGUCGAAGAUAGCAAAGUAGAGAAGAGAUCAUGAACAGAGCUAAAUAUGGUGGAUGGUGGUGAAAAGGGUUUUGUAAAGUUGGAACCCUUUUUUUUGGUAGGGAAGAAAGUAAGUUUGUGUAAUGGUCCGAACUCCAAAGCUAUUCUAUUUUGUUCUUACAACCCCAAAAAAAGAAAAAAAAGCAGAAGUGAUGUACAAUGAGAAGCUUCUUUUAUUGUUGUAACUCAUGAAUAAUCAGGGUAAUUAGUUAUUUUCUUUUGCUAGGAUCAUCAUCAA